UGAGUGCGAGAGCGAGAGAGCCAGACAGAGGGCAGAAAGGAAGCGACACAUAGUGCUGCUGCAGCGAUGGAGAGUCGGGCUCUUUUUUUGCUGUGAUCAGUGUUUUCAUCGUCGUGGGGACCAGACUCUCUGCCGCUCUUCGUCUCUUUGCCUCACCCAGCCAGCUUGCCUGCUUGUGCUUUUAAAGGGGAAGAUGCUGAUGCACAGUGGCAUGUGUGUCAGGUGUGUAUGAGAUGGAAAUCUAUGUGUGCUGAUUCCCAUGAGCACACAGUGAGACUUGAUGCUGCUGGGGGACACACAGCAGGCCUGAGCAGGGGCCCUACAUGCCAUGGUAAAUACCAUUAAAGGAAGAAUGCAAGCAGAUUAUGGCACGACAGAAGUCUAAUAGCCAGUCAGACUCUCACGACGAUGAGGUUUCUCCUCCACCUCCGAACCCAGUUGUCAAGGCCCGUCGCCGCAGGGGAGGAGUCAGCGCGGAAGUGUACACCGAGGAGGAUGCUGUCAGCUACGUACGCAAGGUGAUUCCAAAGGACUACAAGACCAUGACUGCCUUGGCCAAGGCCAUCUCGAAGAAUGUGUUGUUUGCCCACCUAGAUGACAACGAGAGAAGCGACAUAUUUGAUGCCAUGUUUCCUGUCACCCACAUUGCAGGAGAAACAGUCAUCCAGCAAGGUGAUGAAGGAGACAACUUCUACGUGAUUGAUCAAGGUGAAGUGGACGUGUAUGUGAAUGGUGAGCUGGUGACCAAUAUUGGAGAGGGGGGAAGUUUUGGCGAGCUGGCACUGAUCUAUGGGACUCCAAGAGCUGCCACCGUCAAGGCCAAGACUGAUCUUAAACUGUGGGGCAUCGACAGAGACAGCUACCGCCGCAUCCUCAUGGGUAGCACUCUGAGAAAGAGAAAGAUGUACGAAGAGUUCCUAAGUAAGGUCUCCAUACUUGAGUCUUUGGAUAAGUGGGAGCGCUUGACUGUGGCUGAUGCUCUGGAGCCUGUUCAGUUUGAGGAUGGGGAGAAGAUUGUGGUGCAGGGAGAGCCUGGAGACGACUUCUUCAUCAUUACAGAGGGAAUAGCCUCUGUUCUGCAGCGCAGAUCUGACAAUGAGGAAUAUGUGGAGGUCGGACGCCUCGCACCCUCAGACUACUUUGGUGAGAUCGCCCUGCUGCUGAACCGUCCCCGCGCAGCCACCGUCGUUGCUCGUGGACCCCUCAAGUGCGUGAAGUUGGACCGACCCCGCUUUGAGCGAGUGCUGGGUCCGUGCUCCGAGAUCCUCAAGAGAAACAUCCAGAGAUACAACAGCUUCAUCUCCCUCACCGUGUGAGAGGCUCCCCCACUCCACCAGCAGGGGCGUGCACCAUCAUCAACAGCAUCAGAGGUUUAGCGUCAGGGUCGGGAACUGGGGUUGUGAGGACACAGGGUGGAGAACAGCAAUUUUAAAUGUAAAAUUAUACAAAAAGCUUAUCUCUUACCUUUACGUUUAUUUUGUGGGGUUUUUUUUUUUUUUUAAACUUGUGCACUUUCACUUGAUCUUUUCUGUCAUGUAGCUUUACAUCAAAAACAAUGCAGGGUGUAAAACUCAGAGCGAGAACAGAAACCAUUUAAUUGAAGAUGUAAUGUAAAUGAGUCACUUUUUAUCAUGCACGGGAGACUUGCAUAAAAAUGGUGUUUGCACUUUGAUGUAUUUCACGGAGCAUGUGGACACAUUCAGGAAUCACGGAGGAAGUGAAGUCAUGUUUACGCACAGCGUGAGGAAGUGGGUACACAUUUCUUUGCUCGCUGGAUGUUGUUGCUUUUUGAUGCCCCUUUUUUUUAUCUCUGCCUGUGCGUUGCAUCAUUUCUAGACCAAAACAGUCACGCACUAUACAGAUCUUUUUUCCCUGAAAUGUGCUUUAGUGAGAGAGCUAAACAAAAACCUUUUCUUGUCUGUUUUAAUGUUUUCUUUGCUUCUAUAGAUUGCUCUCAUUUCUAUUAUGAGGUUGGAGGUCGUUAGAUGUAGCGGGGGGGUGGGGGCUUACUUUUACUAAAAUGUACAACAAUAAAAGACAUGAAACAUGUUAAAAAUGUACUGUCUGUGCAUCCAAAUUGUGAUGUAGUUCAUUGUUGCUUCGAGCCGUAUUGUUGCACUGGGUUUGGGGCAAACUUGCAAGACUGACAUGCAUAAUAACUAUCAGUCUCUGUAGUGCAGUAGCACAUACAACUUUUUUACUCUCCACUUCUUUAUCUCUUGUGUUGCUCUUAGUUUUUUCAAUGGUGAUUUCUUGGUCUGUAGGCCUUCUGCUGCUUGCUCCAUCUUUCCACAUAGAUGUGCUCGGAUCAGACUUUUUAGGCCAUUGCUCAGAGUGAGCUUUGGAGAUAUUUAUUUUACCUCCCACACCAUCUUGCUUGGAUAAACUUAGAUCCCUUAUCAAGGUAUCCUUGUCACAGUUCCAGUUGUUUUAAUCUUUUUAAUUAUUUCUCUGACUGCAGAUCUGAACAAGUCUGGGCGAGAAGAUAUGUCCCUGUAGCUAUUUCUCGACUUAUGAAGAUCACACAUCUCCCUUAAGUCAGGCGCACACUGGGAGAUUCCAAAUAUAGGUCUUAAACAUGUCACACCGUGUAAACUUUAUAUAUUAAAAUCUUGGUAGUAACAAUGUCAGACUGUAUGAUGGAAGACGUAAGACUGCAGGAUUGCUGCAGCUGCAGAGUUACAUCAGAAGGAUCUAACAAGUUUUGGAUGUUAACGCGUAGUUGGACUUUGGAAAGUAGUGGAGGAUAAGGAAAAGGAGACAUUUUGAAAGUGCUAAUGACUUGGAGAAAAAGGAAAGUAAUAAAAUGUUUGACACUGCCGUAGCUUAUCUUUGCAUAGUGAGAACUCUUCUUCUCUUGAAUGGUAUGUUCUCUUCUCUUUUGGUUUUUGAAGAGUGGCUAAGAUAAAUUUUCCUCUGCUUCGUGUCAUAUUUAUACCCCAGGGCACUAUUGCACAGUGUGAAACUGGCUUUGAAGAUUGGCUUUGACAGCUGGCUUCUGUGUAGCAUCAUAUUUAUUCCCCAGCAAAACAAAAAGCCUUUUUUUUUUUUAUUUAAACAUUGAGACACUGAUCAACUUUAAAAGAAAAAAAAUGAUAAUUUCUUGGAUUCUUGAAAAAUAUUUCUUUUCUUAAAGUUGUAUUUUUCCCCCACUUAAUAAAUGUACACAAAUUUAAAGUUUAGAUUUUUCAAAAUUUUCAGUGUGACAAUACCCGCAUAGAAUAAAAGCUGUUUUAUUGGCAGACCUUUAUAGGCAUAUUUUGUAAACACAAACUGCUACUACUGUAUAGGCUGAGCAGUUCCUGGUCCAAAUAUCAGUUGAUGGAGUCUGACGACGUCAGCUCUAUGAAGACAAUAGGAGCGAGCCCUAUGAGUGUGCAGAUCUUCUUAAUCUUUAUGUGUUGCUACUGAACAACAUCAGACCUUUGAUACACAGACAAUACUUGUUGGGAGCACUAGUUUCAACUUUUCUGUCAGAUUAGUUGGAAAUGAACAAACCCAGAAAAUAUUUAAGUUUCUGUGAGUUGUUCUCCAAAAGGUUCAGUCGUGUUAUCUCCACAAGACUAAACUUUCUAAGCUUACACCGUCUCAGGACUGAAUGAAUAAAUCUUCAACACGCACAUCUUACCCAAUGCUUGUCUUUGAGCUGAUUUUGUUUGAUGUUUUAGUGCUUUUGCACCACUUUGGAGUUUUAUGUCAGCUCAGUAACCUGAUUUAGAUGUUUUUAAAUGUUAUGAAUAAGAGAGAGUUGAUAAAACUAAGAACUUGUGUUGGUUUCCUUUGGUCUACAAUUCUGUCAACAUUGCACAACUGACCCGAUGCUAUAAAAAUAGGACCCUAAGAAACAAGAGUCUGUAUUUCUCUUUCUGUGUGUCUUUUUUUCAACAAUCAAACCAUCUGGGGCAAAUAAAGAUAAGCUUCUGAAACUA